AUGACUUACUCCUUGAUCGUUUUCUUAUUGUUCGGAUUUGUCGAAUCGCGCGGACGCUACGAGUUUAUUGAAGAAGCUGAUCUCCCCGCAUUUUACACAAUGCGAUCUGCACAACUUGCACAAAAAGCACAAAUGGCUCCACAACAAAUUCUACCAGAUUAUUCACCGUAUUAUCCGUAUCCAUAUCAAACGGUAGUGGCCACCGAACCACAACCUUUUUCAUAUAGUCCUCUACCAUUGUAUGGUCCAACAAUUAAUAGGCCAGCUCCAACUCCAUUUCCCACUGCACGACCAGCUCCAGUACAAUAUCCUCCGAUGGCCUAUUUUCACGGGAAUCCAGCAGGAAUAGUGCCUCCGAAUGCGUCGCCAACGUCACAAAUUCGUAAAAAGACAGCCUAA